CCAUCUUCACAUGGGUCUGUCUCCUGUCUCUCCACCCUCCAUCCGCCACCCACCCACCCACCGGUCUGCCCACUCACUGUGGAGUCGGGCUGGCGCCAGUGCCCCCAGCCAGUGUGUCGGAUGGGGCGGGUGUGGCUCUGCCAGGUGGGACAGGGACUGCACCUCAGGCCAGACUGGUCCAGGGAGACUGUGAGCGAAGCCUCACUCCUGUUGACCACAGCCCAGGACCGGCUUGCAGGAGGUGCGUCCCGGGGCCAGUACCACACCCUGCAGGCCGGCUUCAGCUCCCGCUCCCAGGGCCUGAGUGGGGACAGCACCUCGACCUUCCGGCCCAUCGCCAAGCCCGCCUAUAGCCCGGCCACCUGGUCCUCCCGCUCGGCCGUGGACCUGAGCUGCAGUCGGAGGCUGAGCUCUGCCCACAACAGCGUCAGCCUGACCCUUGACCCUUGUCUCUGCAGCUUCGAUGAUAUUGACUUGCCGUCAGCAGUUAAGUACCUCAUGGCCUCAGACCCCAACCUGCAGGUGCUGGGCGCAGCCUACAUCCAGCACAAGUGCUACAGCGAUGCGGCGGCCAAGAAGCAGGCCCGCAGUCUUCAGGCCGUGCCCCGGCUGGUGAAGCUCUUCAACCACGCCAACCAGGAGGUGCAGCGUCACGCCACGGGCGCCAUGCGCAACCUCAUCUACGACAACGCGGACAACAAGCUGGCCCUGGUGGAGGAGAACGGCAUCUUCGAGCUGCUGCGGACGCUGCGUGAGCAGGACGACGAGCUGCGCAAGAACGUCACAGGAUCUGCCUCCACCCGCAGGAACCUCAGCUCGGCCUCCCAGGCCACUCGCCAGAAGAUGCGUGAAUGCCAUGGGCUGGUGGACGCCCUGGUCACCUACAUCAACCAGGCCCUGGACGUGGGCAAGUGCGAGGACAAGAGCGUGGAGAACGCUGUGUGCGUGCUGAGGAACCUGUCCUACCGCCUGUACGACGAGAUGCCGCCGUCAGCCCUGCAGCGCCUCGAGGGCCGGGGCCGCAGGGACAUGGCCGGGGCGCCGCCCAGCGAGGUGGUGGGCUGCUUCACGCCACAGAGCCGGCGGCUGCGAGAGCAACCCAUCACUGCCGAUGCACUCACCUUCGCCGAGGUGUCCAAGGACCCCAAGGGCCUCGAGUGGCUGUGGAGCCCCCAGAUCGUGGGCCUGUACAACCGCCUCCUGCAGCGCUGCGAGCUCAACCGGCACACAACGGAGGCGGCCGCCGGAGCCCUGCCCUGCCGGCUGCUGGCGACCACCAAGGUGGUGAGUCACCUGAUCGAGAAGCUGCCGGGCAGCGUGGGCGAGAAGUGCCCCCCGGCGGACGUGCUGGUGAACAUCAUCGCGGUGCUCAACAACCUGGUGGUGGCGAGUCCCAUCGCCGCCCGGGACCUGCUGUACUUUGACGGGCUCCGCAAGCUGGUCUUCAUCAAGAAGAAGCGUGACAGCCCGGACAGCGAGAAGUCCUCCCGGGCAGCCUCCAGCCUCUUGGCCAACCUGUGGCAGUACAACAAGCUCCACCGAGACUUCCGGGCGAAGGGCUAUCGGAAGGAGGACUUCCUGGGCCCCUAGGCGAGGCCUUCCCAGAGGAGGAGGACGCGACUCGGCCCAGGCUCCGGAGGCCGGGCCCAGCCCCUGCUGCUGGAGGGCCGCCUGGAGGAGAAGACAGGUGGCCCAGGGCCGCUCGCUGGAGCCCCGAGUGCAACUGGGAAAGGCCUGGGCCACCAGGGAGAGGACAGGGGACGGGGGCUUGCAGCUGGGGACGUGGUUUCCGCAGGGCAGGGAGUGGGCAGGGCUUGAGGCUGCUCUGGUGCAUGGGGUGGGGACCAGGCCACACUGGCAGAGGCGGGGCUGCCCAUGGCGGGCAGUGCCUCAGGGCAGGGCAGCCAGCGCUGAAAAUAAAGGUGGUCGUGAAGACAGCAGCCAG